GUCACUAGGCAGGUUUACACCGCGGCAACCAAUCAGAUGCUUCGAGUCGGGAACGGGCGCAGGGAUCGGAGACAGACCGAGUGACAGCGUCUGAGUCCCGGGGAAGAGCAUCACGGAUCCUCCGUGAAGAACACCCUGCCUCACAGUCAAGAUGCCGAACAAAACCAAGAAGGAAAAGGAAACGACCAAAUCUGCCAAAAGCAGCACAAAGAACAGUAACAGCAGCGGAGGGAAGGAUGCGGCCACAGAGAGCUCGGACGAGGCCCAGCAGCAGCAGCAGAGCGGCAGUAAGCGUCCCAGUAACAGCACGCCUCCUCCCACUCAGCUCAACAAGAUCAAAUACUCUGGAGGUCCUCAGCUGGUGAAGAAGGAGCGACGCCAGAGCUCGUCCCGCUUCAGCCUGACCAAGAACAGAGAGCUGCAGAAACUGCCUGCACUCAAAGAUGCCCCUCCGAUAGACCGUGAGGAGCUGUUUGUGCAGAAGCUGCGUCAGUGCUGCGUCCUGUUCGACUUCGUCAGCGACCCGCUCAGCGACCUCAAAUAUAAAGAGGUGAAGAGGGCGGGGCUUAACGAGAUGGUCGAGUACAUCACACACAACAGUGACGUGGUGACCGAGUCCAUCUACCCUGAGGCCGUCAUCAUGUUUUCAAUGAACUUGUUCCGGACUCUUCCUCCGUCCUCCAACCCGACCGGAGCAGAGUUUGAUCCUGAGGAGGACGAGCCGACACUGGAGGCCGCCUGGCCUCACCUGCAGCUGGUGUACGAGUUCUUCCUUCGCUUCCUGGAGUCUCCAGACUUCCAGCCAAACGUCGCCAAAAAAUACAUCGACCAAAAGUUUGUACUGUCGCUGCUGGAGCUGUUUGACAGUGAAGAUCCCAGAGAGAGAGACUUCCUCAAAACCAUCCUCCACCGCAUCUACGGGAAGUUCCUGGGCCUCCGAGCCUACAUCCGCCGGCAGAUCAACAACAUCUUCUACAGAUUUAUCUACGAGACAGAACAUCACAAUGGCAUCGCUGAGCUGCUGGAAAUACUGGGGAGUAUAAUCAACGGCUUUGCGUUACCACUGAAAGAAGAACACAAGAUGUUUCUGAUUCGAGUUCUUCUGCCGCUUCACAAAGUCAAGUCUCUGAGCGUCUACCACCCCCAGCUGGCGUACUGUGUGGUUCAGUUCCUGGAGAAGGACAGCAGUCUGACAGAGCCGGUGAUCAUGGGUCUGCUGAAGUUCUGGCCAAAGACUCACAGUCCAAAGGAGGUGAUGUUCCUGAACGAGCUGGAGGAGAUCCUGGACGUCAUCGAGCCGUCCGAGUUCGUCAAAGUCCAGGAGCCGCUCUUCAGACAGCUCGCCAAGUGUGUCUCCAGCCCACACUUCCAGGUUGCAGAGAGAGCUCUGUAUUACUGGAACAACGAGUACAUCAUGAGUCUGAUCAGCGACAACGCUGCAAAGAUCCUCCCCAUCAUGUUCCCUGCCCUCUACAAGAACUCCAAGAGCCACUGGAACAAGACGAUCCAUGGUCUGAUCUACAACGCUCUGAAGCUCUUCAUGGAGAUGAACCAGAAACUGUUUGAUGACUGCACGCAGCAAUACAAGGCCGAGAAACAGAAAGAGAAAUACAAGCUGAAGGAGAGAGAGGAGAUCUGGCACAAGAUCGAGGAGCUGGCCCGACAGAACCCACAGAGUAAUAAGCUCCACCCUCUCCGUCCUGGACUCCACCCACAGGAUGAGUACAUGUUGUACAGUGACAGCACUGUGGCUGUUUACUCGAUGGAAACAGAGACUCCAACAGCUGAAGACAUCCAGCUGCUGAAGAAGACUGUGGAGACUGAGGCCUCACAGGGCCUGAAGGAUCUGAAGAAGGACAAAGUCCUGAUGAGGAGGAAGUCGGAGCUGCCGCAGGACGUCUACACCAUCAAAGCUCUGGAGGCUCACAAGAGAGCCGAGGAGUACCUGACAGCCAAUCAGGAGGCUCUCUGACCGGGGGAGGCGGUCCCUGCUGAGCCUGACUCCGCCCCCUCCUGUCCGUCUCCUCGGGGGGGAAGUUGAAGCUGUCGUGGAGAAACUGGUCCGGGGUCAGAUCGGGACGGAGCUGACGCUGUGUUCAAAGAAGAAAAAAAAUAAAUAAAAAAAAAAGAAGAAGCCUCUCACCUCUGCCCCCGGUGGUGAAAACAAGUAAGACACUCUGUAGAAGCUCCGUCUGUCCACGUGCUGUGAAAGUGUCCGACGUGAUGAACGAGCUUCAUGUUGCACCUUCAUCUCCGCUUCACCUGCUGCUGUCUGUCUCCACCUCACACUGCCGCCAGGUGACCGGCUCCUGAACGCAGCGUCGGGUCCCUGAAAGCAUCGCCAACAGGCCUUUUCCACUGCAGGAACUUAGUGAUGUUCUGUUGUUGAUUUCUGCUGGACUCUGCCUGGUGGAGCAAACACUGGAAACACUGCUUCACAGAAAAGAAGAAGCUCCUGAGUUCAGGAGACGCUGAAGCAGCAGGAGCAGAGACUGACGGCCAAACUCUGUUUUAAUAAUCGAUCAAUCAUUUCAAGCAGAAUCUUUGAUUCAGCUUCAGACGAGAAGAUUCGCUGCUUCUCCUCACAAAUCAGUGAACUGAAUAUAAGAACCACCUGAGGCUCUGCAGAGUUUCUGUGUUUAACAAUCAGUAAAUCAAAACCAACAAUCAGCUGAUAAUCAUGAGCAGCCUGUUCUGAAGGACUGAGUCAAACAGAACCUGGAACCUGAACCUCCUCAGGUUCUUCGGGUUGGAGCUCGUUAAGUUCCUGAAGUGGAAAACUCCUCCGGCUCUUCACCUCCCGUGUCCUGAGACGCCUGAAGCAGAACAGAUGAGUUCACUGACUCGCUCUCUGACAGCAGCUUCGCUCCGGAGCCCCGCCCCCAUCCACCUGACCCGACCAAUCAGCUGUCAGCCUGGAUCUGAGGUGGACUGGAGACUGAAGCAGCUUCAGACUGACGACGAUGAAGAUGAUGACGAGGAGACACAGUGAAUGUAAACGUCCAAUCAGCAUCCAGUUAAUCCACGUUUCUCUACUUCCUUUUUUUUUAUUUUGAAGGGGGCGUGGCCACACCUCAUCACCGAGUUUUUAACCAAUGAGAGUCGUCGUCUGCAUGAGGACUCACUUCCUGUUGUUUCGUCCUUUGUCCACUCAGAGCUCUUAAAGAGAGACACCUGGUCUGAAUGUUCUGUGACGACGCUCCACCUGAACUGUAGAGAUGUAGCGGUCACUCGUCAGGUCAAAGGUCAAACACAGACUCCUCCAUGAGAGAGACAUUCAGGGGUAAUAGGAAAUUAUGAAACUGAAGAAGAAGUGCAGAUGUGAGCUGAGUGUUGCAGCGUCAGUGUUUGUUGGAGCAGGUUGUUGUUAUUUCACCUGUGAUGUGUUUAGAUGAGUGUAAUCUCUGCAGGCAGCUGAUCACACAAAUCUGCAGCUGAACCUUUCUCUGAGCGCGCUCAGUGCGUCUUUUCGUCAUUUGACGCCAUCGUCGACCAAUCAGAACUCAGCUCUGUGUGUCAUGUGAUUAAAGAUGACCUCACAUUCCCAGUCGGCGGCUCUGAUUGGCUGUCUCUCUGCUGUGGUCUCUGCAGCUCAACACAGACUGGAGACGUUUUUAUGUUGAUGUUGUUCUUUGUUCGGUCCGACAGUGAAAAGUUAGAUUUCAUCUUUAUUUCAGGUUUUCAAAAGUCUAAAAUAAGUCUAAAAUAAAUUUAAAAUAAGUCUAAAAUAAAUUUAAAAUAAGUCUAAAAUAAAUUUAAAAUAAAUCUAGAAUAAGCGUGACGAGCGCUGCAGAAGCUGUCGUCUGUGGUACAGGAAGUUACAGAUCUGAGCUGAAAUGUUUUCUCCCUGAACUCAGACGUUAAAGAACGUCUCACUGAUUUGAUCUCAGUUGUUUCUGUUUGAUAAACUCGUGGAUCUGAUCAAAGUGGACUCGGAUGUUUUCACCUGAACCCUCCUCAGAGCACAUCUGGACGGUCUCACAUUGUUUCUCCUCAGCCACUAGAGGGCGCCACUGUACGAACACGUCUGAGUUUCAGCUCGAGCUGUUAACUGUUCGUCUGCUGAUGUUCUCUGAUUUCACCACAGAACCCAGUGAUCCCAAAUCCCUGAUUUAUCAGAACAAAUACUGAGAUUUCAUCCACCAAAAUAAAAGCUGGGGACAUCAGAUGUGGAGCAGAAAAAAACUGUUGUUUUUAAAAUGGGUUCAGGAUCAGGAUGAUGGAUUUUUUUAAAGUAAAUUUUAAAUCCAGCUUCAGCUUUUUUAAAAAUCAGAAACUGAAAACCAACUUGGUUUUUAAAGUCAGAUGUUACUGCUCUGCUCCCUGCAGACUCAGACUCCCAUGAUCCUCUGCUGUCAGCGCCAUUUACAAACGUCUGGUCCGUAUCUCAGUGUUAAACGCUGCAUCGCAGUUUGAGCCACGAAAAGUUUCUGAAAUCAUCCGAAAAUGUUGAGUUAGCACGUGAUUCAUUUAUUUCAGGAGGUUUUUAAAGCUGCUUCUGUGUCGGUUCACGGUCACGUUUAGAAAAAUAUUAAAUGUGAUUUAAGCAGCAGCUAUUCUGUGUCUGCUACAGUUAAAACCAGAUAAAAACUGGAUGCUGAAAACACCUCGAGAAACGUACAAGAGUUCUUUUUUGUCUUUUUUUUUCUCUCAGAAAAAACUUCAAGUCGACAAAGUAAAAUUUUUCCUCAUUAAAAAAAACUUUGAUCGUCACAAACGUCGUGUUUUUUUCUGGACAGAAACUGGAUCAGUGUCGUGAGAACAUUAAAUAUCAUCACAGUGAAUCAGCCUCUAAUAGAAACAAACAGUAUUUGAUGUUAAAGUCCUUUCACAGACGUUGAUUUGAUUUGAGGUCAGGAGGUCAAACAGCAGCUGUGAACAUGUUUCUGAUCAAUAAUCACUGUAUUAAUGUUCUGCAGACCUGAGCUUUAAAUCUUUUUAUUGUUUCCUGUGACCUUUAAAAAUAGUCGUCACAUUCUUCAGAUGGUCGACGGUUCUGCCUGCGGUUACUGUUGUUCUGUGUAUUGACUCAUGGCCACGCCCCUUCCGUCAGGCCACGCCCCUCACCCUGUAACGUUCACACCUGCUGUUUUUUAUUCUUAUUUUCUUCUCAUCAGCUGUUGUUUAGUUUUUUCCUGUUUGUUCUCUCCUUGCUGUCAUGUGGGCGUGUCCUUCAGAGAUCAGCUGUCAAUCAAAAUGAGUGACCCCUCUGGUGGUGGCUUAGCCCACCCCCACCCCUGUUCUUUUGUUCGCCGCUGGACAAAAUGGCUGCCACAACUUUUUGAUUAGAGGAGUUAGUUUUAGAUUUUACUGUCUGAAGCUGCUUUACUGUGAACCUGGGCACUGAGUGAUGAUGUCAUUAGCUGGUGACCAGUGUCGGGGCAGAUCAGGAGUCGCUUCAUACACAGGUGAACAUGGAGGAGGUGAGUGUAGAUAAAGAUGGCCGACACAUCUCCACCUCCUUCCACUGCAGAAGUGAAUCCAGAAACACGAGCGUCACCGCGUUUCAGCAGUAUUUAAGUCCCGCCCACACACCUGCCUGACCAAUCAGGAGUCAGUGUGCUCUGCAUGUUCACACCUGUGAUUUGUACCUGUCACUGCAGGAAACUGUUCUUAGUUUUUAUCCUCCAGCUGCUUUGCUCACUUUAACAUGAACGUGUAAGCUCUGCCUCCAUCAGUGCCAACGACGUGUCAUAUUUCCUCAGCCGCCAUUUUCACAAGUUUAAAAAAUACGUUGUUGCUCCUUCCUCUUCCGUUACACAGCCAAGAUGGCGGCCAGUGAGGGUUAGACCCCAUCCUGGUUCUGACCAGUCAGAGGGAGGAGGAGAACCAGGAGAUCCACAGCUGAACCAAACCAUUGAAAAUAUUUAACCCCGACCCAUCUGUAAACAUCAUGAGAGUGGGAGGAGUUGGAUCUGAAUGAAACAGGAAGUUAGUUUGUCCAGCGGCGAAGCUGAAACAUUCAACACUAAAAGCUGAACGCUGCUUCCUGUCGUCCUGUACAGACGCUGAACUUUAAUUAGGUCGAACAUUACAUCGUCUGAAAGUCUGAUUUUGUACAGAUGUUCAUGUAUGUACAGAAGAAAAUACAAAGAAAUAAAGUGGACAUGUUUGACAA